AUGACAGACGCAUCCUCUCCGUCCCAGGUCCCCUUUCAGUUGUGGUCCACCGUCACGUUUACACGCUUUGAUAGUUUCGUGUUCUUGUGCGAGGCGUUCGCAUCCGUCGAGCCCAAGAAUGCCACGAACACCAAGAACCAGAAGAAGAACCAAGAAUCGUUCUGUGUAAAGACCCUGAGAAAUUGGACGAAAGCUCUGCACGAGCGCUAUUCGCCGCUACCAGAUGGAACCGCGGCCACAUUCUUCCGGCUGUUCUUUCCGGAAGAGGACGUAUCGAGAAAGUAUGGCAUGCAAGAGACGCGCCUCGCGGGAUACAUAGCAGACAUCUUUGGUGUAUCUACCAACCGCGAUUCUCGAGGCGCGUCUCUACGAAAGUGGGGCGGGUCAGACGCCACUGGUUGUCUUGGACGCGAGGUCCAGUCGCUCAUGGAAGGCACCAAUGACCAGCAGGAAACGCGCUCCAUAAGCGAUAUUAGCAGACUUCUCACCGAGCUGGCUUCAACCUCUGCUUACUCCUCUUCGUCAGUCCGCGUACCAGCAACGUCGCGUCGCAAGCCACGCGAAAUUUUACGCAACUUAUAUGCAUCAGCAUCAGCCAUGUCUGCAUCCGUAAUCACACAGAUUAUUCUCAAAGAUUUGCGUCCGAUAUUAUACCCGCUCAAGGAGACGCAUUACACCGCACAGCUCCUGCAAUACAACUCCAAAGCCGUACGUAUGCUGACAAAGGAGCAAGCUAUGAAAGUAUGGGACCCAGACGGCAAACUUUCUCAAGCGUACCGCGUGUGUGCAUCAAUUGAAGAGGCCGUGGCAGCGUUCGAGAAUCCCGAGGAAUUCAUGCGGCCCAGGGUUGGCGUGCCCAUUCCAAUUCCGAAAUGCAUCAAAGGCAGGGGGUGUAAGGACUCUCUCAACAGCCUCAGGCAAUCCUCGAAUGUAUGGGCUGAGACCAAGUAUGACGGAGAACGAGCGCAGAUCCACGUAGAAAUGGAUCACGGCGGUGACUCAAAGAUUACAAUCUUUAGCAAGAGCAAGCGAGAUUCGACUGUGGAUCGUUUUGGUGUGCAUUCGAUUAUCCGGGAAGCUUUAAGCCUUCCGGGUUCGUCUGAUGGGGGUGGUAUCCCAUCGACUGUUCCACACAUCAAACACAACGUGGUUAUUGAGGCCGAAAUGGUCGCAUACUCUAAUGCGCUCGGAAAGGUCGACGAAUUCUGGAGAAUACGAAGUCUCAUUGCAUCAACCGCUCUCGGCGUGCGAGGUGCAUCCUACAAGAAGACGAAUCCGACGGAAGACUGGUCCCAAUCCUCGCUCAUUUCUGACGCCUCAGACGAAGGCGCACGACACCUUGCGCUCGUCUUCUUCGACGUUCUUGUCGUCGACUCCGAGUCCCUCCUCUGGCGGCCGUAUUCCUACCGUCGUGCGCUGCUCGAGUCGCUUAUCGUGCGGCGUCCAGGGUACGCGAUGCUCGCGGAGCGCGUGCCAAUCCCGAUGCAUUCUCCAAAAGAGGCGGACGAGGCACUAAGGAGGGCAUUCGCGAAGUUACAAGCGGACCGUGAGGAGGGCGCCGUCCUCAAAGCGGACGAGAGCAGGUAUAACGAUUGGAAGCUGAGGUGGGUGAAGCUGAAGGCAGACUACAUUCCCGGGCAUGGCGACUGUGUAGACCUCGUUCUACUUGGCGCUGGUUGGGAUAAGGAGCGUGCGCGUGAACUGCUCGUUGGCCCAUCUGUUUACACGACUUUCUACAUUGGCGCUGUCGUUGAUGUGGUGGCGUCAGAAACUGCGUCCUCAGAGAAGCCGGGCUUCCAAGUCAUCUUCACCUGCUCAUAUGGUCUGAGCAGAGAACAACUUGAAGAGCUGAACUUCUUUAUCAAGAGCACUGAUCCGGUAGCCUACUCUGCAGCUGGCAGCAAGUAUGCCUCAAUACUGCCGUAUUCGUUCACAUUGAAUCUCGGCUUGGCACCACCGGCUGUCAUGCUUCGAGAACCCAUUCUCGCGGAGUUCUAUGGAGCCGGGUUCACGAAGGCACCUCGUAGCAAGUACUAUGAGCUUCGCUUCCCUCGCAUGACCAAAUUUCACCGCACAAGCGAGCGAUCCUGGCGAGAUGGCAUUAGUCUCGACGAAUUCCAGUGUAUUGCACGUGAGGCUGUUGGUCUGGACCGCCCAAACAAGGAUAUCGACGACUGGUGCAAAGGUCUCUGGGGCAAGUUGCAAUCUCCAGGGGCGCGCUGUCCCGCGAAGCGGAAGGCGCGCGAGGAAGAAUGGCUUGACAAGCUUGAGAAAGCAGAUGGGAAGCUGAAGCUCAAGGCGCGAAGGCUAAACCUUCCUGGGCCAGCUGAAACCAUGAUGAUGGAGAAUGUGCGACACGAAGAACCGGCAGCGGCGGCACCCGCGAAUAAGAUGAGGGCGUUUGGGUCGGUGACGAACAUCUUGCCCACGCCACUCGCUCAAGCGAACAAAGAGCUUUCUGCAAACGUUGACCCACCAUCUACCAAGCCAAUCCCUGAGUGUCCAAGACAACUUCAGUUCGGACCCGACGAAGACUCUGUGAAGACACCAAACGUAAUGUCUUCCGUCGCUCGGGAACAUGCCCAGCAAGAACGUGUCGUAGAGAACCCUACACCUGCAGUUUUGCGGACGGAGGUAGCGGUGACACCUCCCAGCUCCAAUGGAGCAGUAGUCACCACGUCAACGCAACAGCCCUUCCCCGCCACGCCCUGUACCAUCCGCCAGUUCCUGCAGCACGCAGCAGUCUACCUCGCGCGAGACACCCGCCUGCCACGCCCAAGCUGGCGCGCGCCCUCGCACACCGUCGUUCCGCACGGUCACCAGCUGCAUACCCUCGAAGCCAUGCUGAUAGCCUGCACCUGGGGCUCAAUCAACGUGUGCGAUUGGGCGCGGUUUGGCGUCGUGUUCGUCGACGACUCUGACGCCACCCACGCGUGGAUGGACGUCGUGGCACGACCGCUGUUGGAGAAGAGGACGGCGCUGCUGCGUAAAGGGUGGGAUUUCGAGAAGCCAAUUUUUAUUUUGGGGCUGAGUAUGCUCCAUGUGAAUAAGCUGAACGAGGAGGUUGCAAUUGCGGGGAAGGCGAUUUGUCGGUUCGGUUGAGAUAGUAAGUUAUUUCUAAAUUAGCUACCUUGAAUUAUACUCUCGUGUAAGCAGCGUAUUUAUUCGCAAAUGGCUCAUCGUUACAUGUUGAGAUUACGAUUUUAUUCGCAACGUCCAUG